AUGGCCGUCCUCAAGCUGCAUGGAGAAGUAAAGCCCUAUCAUCGCCAGAGGCCGGGGCCAGGUUCCCAGAAUGCAAAUACAGCAUCUUCCCUUCACUGUCAGACUGAAGAACAGAUAAACGGGAGCCUGGCUCUACGGAACCCUGGUGCGGAAACCAAACUCCUGUCAGUAUUCCAAAACGAUUCUAAAGCAACGGAAGCAGAGCUGCACGCCUGCGGGGCUGAGGCGCACGGGGACCCCUCGGUGAAGGGCUGGAGCCUGGACGCCUGCGGGGCUGAGGCGCAAGGGGACCCCUCAGUGAAGGGCUGGAGCCUGAACGCCUGCGGGGCUGAGGCGCACGGGGACCCCUCGGUGAAGGGCUGGAGCCUGAGGUCCUGUGCUGCGUCUGCUGAGCAAGGUCUGCACAAGUCACUCAGUCCUGAAUGGCAGUCUGGAAUUCAGUGUCCUGACGGCUUCUUUCUGGCUGAGAAGAUGGAGGACACAGCUCACCCUCAUUUCCCGUCUGGAUAUAUUGAUCAGAAGGUGGAGGACAAAGUCACCCUCAUUUCCUGCCUGGAUACAUGGAUCAUGAGCUUCCUGUCUGAUUAG